AUGNAGAUUAAGGCCUACAUUCUUGACCAUCUCACAUCAUCGUUGCCGUCGUUCGCAGUCUCGAAUACUCAAGCUUGGGCCCAUCUCGAGGGACUGGAGUUAGCUGAUCCGGAAUACAUGGAGCCAAGACCUAUUGACCUUCUCAUUGGCGCGGAUUUCUUCGGAUCAAUUGUGGAGCCACAGACCAUCAACGGGCCUUCAGACUCCCCUAUAGCAAUGCACACUAUCUUCGGUUGGGUGGUACUAGGACCUACUUUAGCGGUGAUUCCAAUGGUAGCCAGCUCUAAUCACAUUGCAGUCAGCAACGAGGAACUCUACAACCUUCUCACUUCGUUCUGGCUGCAGGAGAAGGUCCCAAAAGCCGAAGAUAGUGAUCUCACGAAAGAAGAGGCAGAAUGUGAGGAGUUUUUCCAGCGCACCCAUUCACGAGACAGCUCAGGGCACCAUGUGCCAGUUCCAGAGAUGGAGAGGGAUCAACGGACCGGUCAGCUAUAUAGUGUUUUUCUCAAGGAGUACGAAGAUGUGGGACACAUGGUGCGUGUUCCAGCCUUAACUGGUUCGGGGAAUGCCGGGAGCUUGAAGUUCGGCUGUCGAUCUGAGGGGAUGACCUUGGCACAUGGGGCUUCGGCUUCAGGAGGGUUGAGGGUCCCUGAGGAGAAGCAGUCGGCUCGUGUCUCCACUCGGUGUUCUGUUCAGAGGCAAGCUUAUUCGUCAACUCCUAUGUACUACUUUCUUCAUCAUGGUGUUCUCAGGGAAAGUAGUGAAACAACGAAGCUGAGGGUAGUCUUCAAUGGCUCUAGUAAGACCAGCUCAGGGGUGUCUCUCAAUGACAUCCAACACACUGGAGCCAAACUGCAGAAGAAUAUCUCUGACGUGCUGCUCUCAUCCAGGCGGAGCAGGUACAUUUUCAUGACGGACAUCACGAAGAUGUUCCGUCAAAUCAAGGUGCAUCGUGAGGACUGGCCUCUUCAACAGAUCCUGUGGCGGGAUUCUCAAGGUCAGAUUAACACCUACCAGUUCACCACCGUGACCUACGGGACUAAAUCGGCCCCAUUCUUAGCCUGUCGAGUUCUCAACCAACUGGUCGCGGACGAAGGACAUCGUUUUACUCUAGCAAUCUCUCCGUUGACCAGUGGAAGAUACGUGGAUGACAUCUGUGGUGCUGCUGAAGAGGAGAGUGAUCUUCUAGAAGUCUCCAAGCAAGUGAGGGAUCUUUGCUUAGCUGGUGGUUUCCCUCUAGCAAAGUUGCAUAGCAACAGUCCGUCUCUAUUCAGAUCACUGAAUCCAGAAGGUAUCUCUCAGGAUCACAAGCCGCCAGAGGAUUCCAUCACGAAGAUUCUUGGUCUGAAGUGGGAUCCAAACACAGACCAAUUCAAGUUCUCAAUCCACCUUCCGGCCAACUCAAAGGUGACGAAGAGGAAUAUGUUGUCUGAAAUAGCUCACUUGUUCGACCCUCUAGGUCUACUUUCUCCUGUGGUGAUUAAGGCAAAAGCACUCCUACAGCGUCUCUGGGUUGAGAAUCUUGACUGGAAUGAUGCGCUUUCACCACAAAUCUCGGAUAAGUAG